GUAAAACACAAAAGAUGUUUCCUCCUGCCUCGUUUUAUAUGCACUUAAACCUCGUUGGAGUGCGUCUCUUAAUUUAUGGGACUUGUAUGAAUGUGUUCGGGAACACUUUACACAGAUUACAAUUAAAAAUUUGCGGAGCGGAUGCGGAAUUCCAAAUUAUAGGAUAAGUGUGAAACGUCAAGUCUAGUUUUAAACACAUCGGGACGCUGGCUGAAAAUGUGAGAGUAUGAACUCUUUUUUUAAUGUCAAUGAAUUCCCUGAUUCCACGAGCAACUUUGUAUUUACAUCUAAUGCGGAUAUAUUUGUAAUGUACUUCUAUGCUGCCUCUGCACAGAUACACGUGGCUGUCAGCGCUGCCAAGUCGUAAACCUCUUGUAGCAGAGACGAUCUUUGAUACCGGUGUCCACUUCUUGACUCCAAUGUCGGUUCCCUCUCUCUCAAACCUAACUUGACGCAGUUUUACAGGUGGAUGCCGUCUCUUAGGGGGAACCCCGUGUACGUUGCUGUGUAUCUGUAGUGAUUAGAGAGACUAUAUUGAUUUUAUGUUCACGUGGACACCUGGCUGGACAGUAAGGGCUUUAAGAACGUUUGUAACCCUGUAACGUUACUUACGUAGCUAGGUAGCUAAUGAUGUAAGCUAGUGCAACAUUUACUGGACAAUCAUUGACAGCUCAGUGACGUCUCACGUUUAACUUCUUAUUGUAGGACUACCUCGUAUUUUGCCCCCCUUUAAAGAGCCAGUCAAGACCGGAAGUGCACCCUUCAGAAUAAAACAUGGGCGUCAAAGUAGCUGUGAGCUGCACCGUGUUGUACGUCCUGCUGGACGUGAUUGUCACCACGGUCCUGUACACACACGGAUCACACUUGGGCGUGUUCAAAAAGGAGGUCCUGAAUUUACACAUUCUCCAGUCGGCAUUGGACCUCUGGGGGACUGUGCUGCUCAGAGCCUCCCUCCUGCUGGGAGCCUCCAUAGGGGUCUCGUGGAAUAGACGGGACGGCCCGCAGAGGGUCGCCAAACUCUCCACCCCCGUCGUCUUCAUCUCCCUGAUCCUCAUCACCUACGCCCUGACUAAGUUGCUGAUGCUGACUGAGCUGGAGCCUCUCACCCACCGGCCCUGGUCCCUGAGCCUGAUAUGUUGGACUUGCGCCUCCUCUCUGUGUGUCGUGCUGCUCUGGAGACUGCUGGGGAAGGAGUCCCAGUUUAGUCCCAACGGUGGCAGCAGCAGCGGUAGGGGAGGACGGGGCUGUAAGGACACUGAAAGGCUGCUGGGGGCAGCUGGUGAGGAGGAGCAGGAGGUUGGCUGUGAGAGGAAGAUGAAGGAGGAAGAGGAGAAGGGGACAAGCCAGGAGAAGAUCGGCUCUGGGGCGACACUCGGACGUCUGCUGACCUACUGCAGGAAGGAUGGCAGGCUGCUGUCUGUAGCCGUCCUCUUCCUCCUCAUCUCUGCCGUGUGUGAGGCCUUCAUACCUUACUACUAUGGGGAAGCAAUAGACGGCAUCGUGGUUCACCAGAGCAUGGAGUACUUAGCUAAGCCUGUGAUCAUACUGGCAAUGCUGGCCUUAGCCAGUUCUCUGGCGAUGGGGGUACGCGGAGGAGUCUUUACCCUGAUGUUCGGCAAGUUAAACCUCCGGCUCAGGAACCAUCUCUUUAGAACUCUGAUGAGGCAGGAAAUUGCCUUUUUCGAUGAAAACCAUACAGGUGACAUAAUUUCACGCCUGUCGGCCGACACCACCCAAGUGAGCGACCUCAUCUCUGUGAAUGUCAACAUCUUCCUGCGGAGCGUGGUCAAGGGAGCCGGCUUCUCUAUCUUCAUGUUCGGGAUUUCCUGGAAGCUCACGCUGGUGGCCGUCAUGGGCUUCCCUUUCCUCAGCCUCGUCUCCAAAUUUUAUGGCGAUUACUAUAAGAAAUUGACAAAAGAGGUGCAAACGGUCCUCGCGGAGGCCAAUAAGGUGGCGGAGGAGACCAUAUCGGCCAUGAGGACGGUGCGGAGCUUUGCCAACGAGGGCGAGGAGGCCGACUCCUACUACGGCAAGCUGUUGGUCAUGUUCCAGCUCAACAAAAAACAAGCCCUGGCCUACGCUGGCUACAUGUGGUCCAGUUCGAUCUCUGAGCUUGCUUUAGAGGUUGCUAUCCUCUACUACGGCGGCCAUCUUGUAGUAACCGGUCAGAUGAGUGGCGGUGCCUUGAUAUCGUUUUUCAUAUACAUGCUCGAACUGGGGGAAUGUCUGGAGAGCAUUGCAUCGGUGUACACGGGCCUCAUGCAGGGAGUUGGGGCUGCCGAGAAAGUUUUCGAGUACCUGGACAGGAAACCCAAACACCUGGCAGAGGGCACAGAGGCUCCAGACACGUGCGCCGGUGUGGUUGAAUUUAAAGACAUCACGUUUGCCUACCCGACGCGUCCCGACAUUGAUAUUCUCAAGGGGGUGUCCUUCACGCUGAGGCCCGGGGAGGUCACCGCCCUCGUGGGACCUUCAGGCAGCGGGAAGAGCUCCUGUGUGAGUCUGCUGGAAAACUUCUACCUUCCCCAGAAGGGCCAGGUGCUGCUAGACGGAAAGCCUGUUCACGCCUUGCGCCACGACUACCUCCAUUCCAAGGUAGGCCUUGUGGGCCAAGAACCUGUGCUGUUUGCCCGGACGGUGGAGGAGAACAUCACCUACGGCCUGACUGACAUCCCCAUGGAGGAUGUGGUGCAGGCUGCCACCAAGGCUAAUGCUCACGAUUUUAUCAAGGCCCUGCCUACAGGCUAUGAGACAGAUGUUGGUGAGAAAGGCACCCAGUUGUCCGGGGGGCAGAAACAACGGGUGGCCAUCGCGAGAGCUCUCAUCCGCAACCCUCGAGUUCUCAUCCUGGACGAGGCGACCAGCGCCCUGGAUGCGGAGAGCGAACACAUCGUCCAGACGGCUCUGAACGACAUCAUGUGGGAGCACACGGUGCUGGUGAUCGCCCACCGGCUCAGCACAGUGGAGAGGGCGGACAACAUCGUCGUGAUCGACAGGGGCCGUGUGGCCGAGCAGGGGUCUCAUGCUCAGCUGAUGGCCGGCAGGGGGCUCUACUGCAAGCUGGUGCAGAGGCAGGUUCUGGGCAUCGAGACGGGGGAGGAGGUCCUCAACCCGGCCGAAGGAGUCAACCGGAAGUCUGGCGGCGGACGGCAGCGGAGGAGACAAAGCAGCAGCGAGCCAGAGUGCAUUGUGCACUACUGAGAUUGAACUGCAGUGUGUGGGAAUGGACUGCUGGAUGUUUUUGAGGGUUUAAUAGAAUUAUUUUGUUUUGGACACUCCGGGAUUUAUGUGUAUGAAUUCCAUAUGUACAGUUGAUCCUCAGACUAAAUUUACACUACAGAACACUCAAAACACUCUUGAAAAAUACAAAAAAUAUAUUUGAAUGUAUGAUGACACAUCACAGAGAGUUGGUAUUACCACUGGAAAUAAAUGAAUGUCCACUAUCA